AUGGCUGCUGAUCCAGCAGAGACAAAGCAGGUAGGAGACCCCGUCAGCAGUGGCGGCGCCCACCGCAGCCGGCACGGGCAGGGCAGCCGGGGAUGGGAUGGCCGAGACAGAUGGGACCCCCCCUCUCGGUGCGGUCGGCGCGGUGACCACGGACCACGUGGCAGGACAGACACCCCCCUCGGCAUGGCCGGCGGAGCGGCCACAGGCCACGCGGCUGAGACCGGGGCAGACGAACUCACUGGCGGGGCCGGAGCCGUAACAGGGGCUGGAUCGAGUGGUGUAGCCGCGAGCAGCGAGACCGGGGACGGGGGCUGGGGGGAGUGCAGCAGUGAACGGCUUGCUGUUCUAACUACUGUUUCACACACAAACAUCCUUAAUUACUCCGGUGACUCGCCCAGCCGGAUACUUAAGCACGGGCUUACAGUAUCAGGUUUAAGCUCCAAUGUACAUCAAGUCUGGGCCCGGUGCAGUGUCAGCUGUGAUGCAUGUUUAAAAGGAAAUUUUCGAGGUCGCAGAUACAAGUGUUUAAUUUGCUACGAUUAUGAUUUGUGCGCAACUUGUUAUGAGAGUGGUGCAACAACAACAAGGCAUACAACUGACCAUCCAAUGCAGUGCAUACUAACAAGAGUAGAUUUUGAUUUGUAUUAUGGUGGAGAAGCUUUCUCUGUAGAGCAGCCACAGUCCUUUACUUGUCCUUAUUGUGGAAAGAUGGGUUAUACAGAAACAUCUCUUCAGGAACAUGUUGCUUCGGAACAUGCAGAAACAUCAACAGAGGUGAUCUGUCCAAUAUGUGCAGCAUUACCUGGAGGGGAUCCUAAUCAUGUCACAGAUGACUUUGCAGCUCAUCUUACACUGGAACACAGAGCUCCUAGAGAUUUAGAUGAAUCUAGUGGCGUUCGGCACGUACGUAGAAUGUUUCAUCCGGGCCGAGGUUUGGGAGGCCCCCGUGCACGUAGAUCAAACAUGCACUUUACUAGCAGUUCCAGCAGUGGGCUUUCAUCUUCUCAGAGUUCAUAUUCUCCAAGCAAUAGAGAAACCAUGGAUCCUAUAGCUGAGCUUUUAUCUCAGUUAUCAGGCGUGAGACGUUCUGCAGGGCAGCUCAAUUCUUCUGGACCUUCUGCUUCUCAGUUACAGCAGCUGCAGAUGCAACUGCAGUUGGAAAGACAGCAUGCACAAGCAGCAAGACAACAACUGGAAACUGCACGCAAUGCCACUAGACGCGCUAACACAAGCAGCAUACCGACCACUCUUACACAAUCUAUAGCAGCAACCAAUACAUCUAACACAGAAAACAAUCAUCAGACUAUACAGAAUUCCCAGUUUCUUCUUAUGAGGUUGAAUGAUCCCAAGAUGUCAGAAGCAGAGCGUCAAUCAAAAGAAAGCGAACAGGCAGAUCACAGCUUGUUUGUUCAAGAGCUUCUACUGUCCACUUUGAUGCAGGAAGAAAGUUCCUCCUCAGAUGAGGAUGAACGGGGAGAGAUUGCUGAUUUUGGUGCUAUGGGCUGUGUAGAUAUUAUGCCUCUAGAUGUUGCUUUAGAAAACCUAAAUUUAAAAGAGAAUAAUAAAGGAAAUGAGCCUCCUCUUUGAUGGCAUCCCACUUUGCAGACAAUGUCCCCUGUGCUGUAUUUGCCAAUGAAAGUGGACAACAACUAUCUUGGGUUUGUUUUGGUGAUUGUAAUUUCAGGUCUGUCACUCUUGUUACAUUGUGUACAUUCAAAGGAAAAGAGAAAAGAUAUAUACGAUAAUCAUUUCCACUUAACCAAUUUUUACUUUUAGCAGAUAAAUAUAGGUUGCAGUGCAGAGAAAAAAAAGCUCUGUGUCCUGUAGCUUGACGUGCAAAAAGCUCUCCUAAUACUCCACAUUCAAACUGAAGAGGAAAAAAUGAAAAAAAUCUCUAAUGAAGCUGCUGUGUGUAUUUAUGAAUAUUAAUGAAUAAAACUUGCUUGGAUGGUUUA